AUGGGAGCAUGCUGUGGUAAAGAAGCAAAGCCAGAAAGAGAAAAUCCAAAGGCAUCUGCACAUACAAGUGAACCUGUCACCAAGACAGCUGAAGUAAGAGCCGAAGAAAAGAUUUCAUCUGCUCAGGAUAUAUCUAUAGGAAAUGUAGAAGAUAGUUAUGUUGUUGGAAAAGAACUUGGAAGAGGUGCAUUCUCAGUGGUUCGUGAAGGUACAAAGAAAGCAAACAAUGAAAAGGUUGCUUUGAAAUAUAUCGAAAAGAAAUUUGUAAAGAAGAAGCACAUCGAACAACUUAGAAGAGAGAUUGAUAUUAUGAAAAAGGUUAAUCAUCCAAACGUAUUAGCACUUAAAGAGAUCUUUGAAAGUGAUACUCAUUUAACAUUGGUAAUGGAAUUGGUAACAGGUGGUGAAUUGUUCUAUAAGAUCGUGGAGAGAGGAUCGUUCACAGAGAAGGAUGCACGUAAUGUAGUGAGACAAGUGUGUGCCGGUGUAGAGUAUCUCCACUCACAGGGUAUCGCUCAUCGUGAUUUGAAACCAGAGAAUCUCUUGUGCUCCGGUGACGGUGACGACAUGACCAUCAAGAUUGCCGACUUUGGUCUGAGCAAGAUCUUUGGUGGCGGUGAACAACUGGAGACCAGCUGUGGUACACCAGACUAUGUCGCACCAGAGGUAUUGACCGGUGGCAGCUACGACAACGCAGUCGACAUGUGGUCGAUCGGUGUCAUCACUUAUAUUCUCCUCUGUGGUUUCCCACCAUUCUACGCAUCCAGUCAAAAUCUACUGUUUGAAAAGAUUCUCACCGCUGACUAUGAUUUCCCUGAACCUGAAUGGACACAUGUCUCAGAGUCUGCUAAAUCAUUUAUUAGAGCAUUGAUUGUUAAAGACCCAGAACAAAGAUAUACAGCCAAGAGAUGUUUGGAGGAUGCAUGGAUCACCGGAUCGGAUAUCAAUGCAGUCGAUCUUCAUAGCCACUUUGCUGAGAAGAUGAAGAAAUAUAAUGACCAAAGAAGAAAUGCACAACCAACCAUCUCAACUCCACCUGUAUCAACAACGACAUCAAGUGUUAUAAAUAUUAAACCAACCGAUCUUAAACCUUUGUUUUCUGAAAUCAUUACAAAUAUUACAAAUAGAGAUGAAUCUGUAGAAUCACAGAAACCUGCAAUUAGAGAAUCGCUAGCAAGACAUCUACCAUCGUUCGAUCAGUCAAAGGUUGCCACUGAUCUGCAACAAGCAGAAUGGAGAUCAAACAUAGAGCUACCUUUAAGACAAGGUUUAAAUAAUCUAUUUAAAUUAGAAUCAAUUAAAAAUGAAAAGAUAGAACAAUUAAUUGAAUUAGCUAUUUUUAUAUAUGAUCUUGGAUAUGUAGAAGCAACCUAUUUGUUAUAUAUAUUCGAGGAUCUGUUUGAGAGUAGAUCUAUCAGUGAAUCGAUAGAGUUGUUCUCACUGAUGGAGUCACGUGUAGAGUUCUUCUCACAGGAUGCAUUCGUUGGAAGUGGCAGAGCAAAGAAGCAGCUGCUCAAGCUGUGUAACGAUAUGUUGAGACGUCUGAGCAAGUCAACCAAUCCAGAGCCAUGCGGUCGUAUCUUGAUAUUCAUGUCAUAUCUCAUCCCAAUGUCAGAUCCAUCCGGUAUCAAUUCGAAAUCGAUCAACAACGAUGAACAUUCAAAUAGUAUUGAAUUACUACUGAAACAACAACAACAAGAUCAGAAUCAAUUAUUGGAUAGAGAUCGGGAUGGCAAUGAGAGUGGUAAUACUGUUGACCUCAAUUUCUAUAGACAAUUCUGGUCGCUGCAAUCAUUCUUUCACAAUCCUUAUCAACUCAUCAAUAAUGUACCGUCAUCGGGAUUUGUUGUCGCUGCCAAUGCAUCGGUUAUAAUCAACAAGGACCGAUGGAAUCACUUUACCCAAGCAGUGGAACUGGUUCUAACUACAUUCGCUACACAUAUCAACCUCGAUGAAUUAGAGGCACUUCCAAAGACACAUUACUUUACAAAGUAUCUCACCGGUAGUAACUUGAUGAAGUUACAACUAAAAGAUGCUAUCUUUAGAAGAAAUAUCCUCACACAACUAUUAUUUACAUUUCAAUUCCUAGAGAUUACAAUUCAAAAGAAUCCAUCGCUAUUCUCUGAUGAUUAUAGAGAAACUAAUUGGAUAUCGUGGAAGAGAGACAAUGCGUGCAAGUCAUUCGAGAAACCAAGUUGUCAACCAAUAGUGGUGAAGAAGAGAAAGGUAAAGAAAGCAUCGUCAUCCUCAAAGGUUACAAUGGGAAAUGCAGAACUCUCGAGACUCUGGAAUAUCUCCAACGAUAAUCAUGAAUUUCUCAAACAGGAGAUGAAGUUGUCGUUGGACACCUACUUGGAACCGUUGAAACAAGAGAUUGCACAGCAAGCGGUCGAAGCGAAACUCAAGGAGGAGAAAGAGGAGCGUCUCAAACAGAAGGAAGCGAAGCGUAGAGAGGAUCGUUUGAAACGCGAGGAGGAACUCGCCGAGAAGAAACGAAAGAAUCCCGACUACGUAAUGACCGAGGAAGACGAAGAACCGAUCAUCAUCGACUCUGACGAACUCGAGGAUCUCGAUGAUCCACAGCCACUCUUGAAAGACGAUCAAAUGUAUAUUUGGAAAACAAUGAGAUUGAUGUCGAGAAAGAGAAUCGAUUGUUUCAGAUCUUCGGAAAACAAAUUAAAAGUAGAUGAAAUCGUACAAUCUUAUUAUAAUAACAAUAAUAAUAAUAAUAAUCAUAAGAAUCAAUCAACUUGA